AUGUCUUCUAUUACCAAUACUUCCAACACUCAAACCCUCCAAAAAUACAUUUCUCUCGAUCAAGGCGGUAAGGUCCAAGCCGAAUACAUUUGGAUUGAUGGUGAUAGCGGCCUCCGUUCAAAGACCACAACUCUUGAUUUUAAACCCACUGACGUUUCCGAGUUAAAAGAGUGGAAUUUCGAUGGUUCUUCCACCAAUCAAGCUCCUGGCGACAAUUCCGAUAUUUUGUUGAAACCCGUUGCCAUAUUUAAGGAUCCCUUCCGUGGUGGUGACAACAUCUUGGUGUUGAAUGAAUGUUACAAUAACGAUGGAACUCCCAACAGGACAAAUUAUCGUUAUUCUUGCGCAAAAGUUAUGAAAGCUUAUGCUGAUGCCAAACCAUGGUUCGGGAUUGAGCAAGAAUAUACCUUAUUUGAUAUGAAUGGUUCCGUACUUGGUUGGCCAAUAGGAGGUUUCCCGGGUCCUCAAGGACCUUAUUAUUGUUCCAUCGGUGCAAAUGUUGCUUUCGGACGUGAUGUUGUCGAAGCUCAUUAUCGUGCAUGUCUCUACGCCGGAAUAAAUAUAUCGGGUGUAAAUGCAGAAGUGAUGCCCGGACAAUGGGAAUUCCAAGUCGGUCCUUGUGAAGGAAUUGACAUGGGAGAUCAUCUUUGGGUUGCAAGGUACCUCUUACAACGGGUUGCCGAAGAUUUCGGUAUUGUCGUAUCUUUUCAUCCUAAACCAAUAAAAGGUGAUUGGAACGGUGCCGGUUGUCAUACAAAUUAUUCAACAAAAGCAAUGCGAGAAGAGGGAGGAAUAAAAGCAAUACACGAUGCUAUCGAUAAGAUGGCAGCCCGUCACAUGGAGCAUAUAGCUGUAUAUGGUGAAGACAACGAUCAACGUCUAACGGGUAAACAUGAGACCGGUCACAUAUCGCAAUUCUCUUAUGGUGUAGCCAAUCGCGGUGCCUCAAUUCGUAUACCGAGACAUGUUGCCGCCGAAGGGAAAGGGUAUUUGGAAGACAGACGUCCGGCAUCUAAUAUUGAUGCUUACCGUGUCACUCAAGUUAUUGUGGAAUCUUCUCUCGCAUAA